AGGAAGCUGAAAAAAUAGCUGUUCCAGUCCCUCGAGUUGCAGUUCAUUGCCAUGAAAAGGAGGAUAUGAUAGUUUGCCCUAUGAAACAGGUUUAUAUGUGAAAUCUGGCAGGUAGCACAACGACCUGUGGAAUAUGAGUGAUGACAAACCCUUUUUAUGCACUGCCCCUGGAUGCGGCCAGCGUUUUACCAAUGAGGAUCAUUUGGCUGUCCAUAAACAUAAACAUGAGAUGACACUGAAAUUUGGUCCGGCUCGUAAUGAUAGUGUCAUUGUGGCUGAUCAGACACCAACACCAACUCGAUUCUUGAAGAACUGUGAAGAAGUGGGCUUAUUCAAUGAAUUAGCAAGUCCUUUUGAAAAUGAGUUUAAAAAGGCUUCUGAAGAUGACAUUAAGAAAAUGCCUCUAGAUCUGUCUCCUCUUGCAACACCAAUUAUAAGAAAUAAAAUUGAAGAACCUUCUGUUGUAGAGACAACUCAUCAAGAUAGUCCUUUACCUCAUCCGGAGUCUACUACCAAUGAUGAAAAGGAAGUGUCACUGCAGCAGACCGCACAGCCUACAUCAACAAUAGUUCGUCCAGCAUCGCUACAGGUUCCUAAUGUAUUACUCACGAGUUCCGACUCAAGUGUUAUUAUUCAGCAGGCAAUACCGUCACCAACGUCUAGCACUGUUAUUACCCAGGCUCCGUCCUCUAACAGACCCAUAGUUCCAGUUCCAGGUCCUUUUCCUCUGCUGUUACAUCUUCCUAAUGGACAAACCAUGCCUGUUGCUAUUCCUGCAUCUAUCACAAAUUCUAAUGUGCAUGUCCCUGCUGCAGUUCCACUUGUUAGACCUGUCACCAUGGUGCCUAGUAUCCCAGGAAUCCCAGGGCCUUCCUCCCCACAGCCAGUGCAGUCUGAGGCUAAAUUGAGAUUGAAAGCAGCCUUGACCCAGCAGCACCCUCAGGUAACAAAUGGAGAUACUGCCAAGGGACAUCCAAGUGGGUUGGUUAGGACUCAGUCAGAGGAACCCCGACCACAAUCACUACAACAACCUGCAACUUCAACAACUGAAACACCGGCAUCACCAGCUCAGCCUACGCCACAAACACCAAAUACAGGUGGUCGGCGAAGAAGAGCUGCCAAUGAAGACCCUGAUGAGAAAAGAAGAAAGUUCCUGGAGCGAAACCGGGCUGCUGCUUCCAGAUGCCGACAGAAGCGGAAAGUCUGGGUGCAGUCAUUGGAGAAAAAAGCUGAGGACCUAAGCUCACUAAAUGGCCAGUUACAGAAUGAAGUCACCCUGCUGAGAAAUGAAGUGGCACAGCUGAAACAGCUUCUUCUGGCUCAUAAAGAUUGCCCUGUAACCGCCAUGCAGAAGAAAUCUGGCUAUCAUACUGCAGAUAAAGAUGACAGUUCGGAAGACAUAUCAGUGCCAAGCAGUCCCCACACGGAAGCUAUUCAGCACAGUUCUGUCAGCACUUCCAAUGGCGUCAGCUCAACUUCCAAGGCAGAAGCGGUGGCCACCUCCGUUCUCACCCAGAUGGCGGACCAGAGCACAGAGCCCGUGCUUUCCCAGAUCGUCAUGGCGCCUUCGUCCCAGUCGCAGCCUUCAGGAAGUUGAUUAAAAACUUGCAUUGCAUCAGUUUCUUAGAUAUACAUAUGUGACUUUAAAGGGAAAUCGACAAAAGACCAGUCUCCACCUAGGAGAAAUUGUAGCUUAAAAUUAUUCAUUUUUAAAAAUCCAACUUAAAUUUGGCUUUAACGAUUGGCAGGUGAAGAUGAGACAGAACACCAGUUCUAGUCUCUUUGCAAAAGACUUUUUUUUUUAAGUAUUAGUUUUACUAGUUGUUUUUUGUGCUUAAUGUGUAAAGUGUGUGUACAGUACAAUGUGGUUUAUUUCAUUUUUAAUUUGGUAUUAUUUCAACAAACAUUGGGGUGAAUUACUAAAGGUCAAUCCCAAGACUGUGAUAGUAAUAUUAUGUGACAUUUUUAUACCAAAGUUCUGCAUAGUCCCUAUUGACUUUGUAACGUUAGCAAGGUCAUAAAGCACUAGGCAAGAGAAAGACAGUAACAGUAAAUUUGCUUUUAGUCUUUUUGCCUUUUUGUUGUUUUGCACAUUAUGAGAGGAAGAACAUUGGGAGAAAAACGUUUGGGUUGUUUUAUAUAUGGCAUUUUGGUUGGCUUUUUAACCGUUGGGAUUUUUAAUUUGUUUAAUAGGGCCAGUACAGUAUAUGAGAUACAGUACUCUUAUGCACAUACCUAUCUUAGAUGAGGAUCAUUACUGAACAGAUUUGAUUUUUAUUUUUUUUUUUUAUUUUAAAUUGAUGCUAGGUGGUUUGGUUUUUUUCCCCUCCAACACUUUCAUUCUUGGGGGGAGGAGAGCUUUAUUUCUCCAGUCAGAACAGAUAUCUAUAACUACCCUUUGUUGCUAGGCUGAAACCAGUAAGCAUAUUGUAAAAUACAGGGUUAUCACAUAUGGAAUACUUAGUAUUCCAAAGUAGGUUGAUAUUUUGUGGAUUUUUGAGUCACAGACUAAGGAGUUUACUCAUGGUUUUGGAUGCCAGAAAAGCCUAAAAUACUUCUUCAGACAACUCAAGACUUUUUUUUGUCAUUGUCUUGUAUUUGCAAGCUAACUUGUACUUAAUUCUUGUGUAAGCACUGUCAUCUUUUAGUAGCAAAAAUUUUGAUACCUUUCUUGUGG